AACGUGGGCAACACUGUCUUGGGCCACGAAAUCAAGAAUUCUCGCCCCAGCGGAGAUUACUUAGUAAUUCAGGCAAGAGGCUCUACCACUUUGGAUCAUUGCACUCAUCCCGCAGUUCCGUGGCGUCAUGCUUAUGAGAUAUUUUCAUCCACAUUAACAAUCAGCGGACCAGGUAUUUGAUAACAUGAUGUGUCAGCCAAACGGCUUCCCCGAACAUAAAUAAGGACGAUACAACUUACUCGUGAUACCAAGGACACUUUCAUUCCGCAUUUCAUCCAGCACAGACGGACUAACCAUGGCCUCUGACACUGUCGGCGUUUUCAACUACAUGUUGGCUCCAUCUGACGGCUCUCGGCCUUACAAUACCAUUAACUCAGAUAGCACCACCGGAAAGCCAGUCCGCAACUGGGUCGAGGACACGCAUGAUAUACGAAUUGAGGAUGUGCGCGGGAAGGAGGAGCUUUAUAAGCUCGACAUUGCUGGGUUUCAGUAUGGGCAAGAAGCGGCGAAACAUACCAGCUUCUUGAAUGAUGAUGAGGUUGAGCGCGAAUAUUACCCCGAGAGCAUCGACCUUAUCAAGAGGGUCACGGGAGCAACCAGCAUUGUUAUCUUCGAUCAUACUAUUCGUCGCCGUCGCCCAGGUGAGGUAGAUGAUAGCCCACAGAAACGUCAACCAGUUCAGCUGGUUCAUGUGGACCAAACGACUGCAUCGUCCAUUGCUCGUGUUCACAGGCAUCUCCCGCCAACAGAAGCUCCUUCCCUCCUUCGAAGACGCUUCCAGAUCAUUAACCUUUGGCGUCCUAUAUCACAUGCAGCUGUAGAUUGGCCGCUUGCACUAUGUGACUUCCGCAGUGUCGAUUACGAGAAAGACUUGGUGCCUGUCGCUCUUGUAUACCCUGACCGCGAGGGUGAGACAUUUGGAGUCCAAUACAACCCAAACCACCGGUGGAAAUACAUGAAGGCGAUGACCCCAGAAGAGUUUGUUCUUAUCAAAUGCUUUGACUCGGUACAAGAUGGCAGUGUCGCGAGGCUUACGCCUCAUACUGGCUUCCAAGACCCGAACACUCCAGAGGGAGCGCCGCUUCGGGAAUCCAUCGAGCUGAGGGCUCUGGUAUUCUAUGAUUAGAUGGCGUUUUUUCGGGUGACGUUAAGAGUUAACAAAGAAGUCGUACCCCUUUUGUUGCUGUAUUUACAAACCACCUUUCUUUCGCCAUGGUACGAUAGAUUUUAGACAAUCAAUGGGGCGAAUACACAGAUGUCUCGCGCGUAAGGCGGGGGGUUAAUAAUAAAUAUAUUCCGGCAAAAGCCGGGCUACUUUACGCGUAUCAUACUAUCACUCAUUUCAA